GGUUUAGAAAAUUUAUGCUCUUUUUCUUCUUUCUUUCUAUAACCUCUUUCUAAUUUCUAUGCACCACACCACACACACUCUCAUAUACUCAAAUAUAACCCUCAUCUUCAUCAUCACUCAUUCACCAUUCUCCUCUCUCUAAGUGGUCAUUCACUCACAAGUUCACAACACAACUUUUGAGAGACACAUGCAUACACAAACACAACCCUUUUAAGCCCUUUUCUCAUCUAUCUUUUUUAAGAUUUUGUUGAUAUGAUUUGAGUAAAACAGUUUAUUAGUUUAGUUUCUUUUUGAUAUAUAAUAACAAGAUUGCAACAUCUGGCUGAGGAAUCAAACAAAAGGAGCUAGCUAGCUUGCUAGGCCAAUGAAGAGGAACAGUUUGAUCAUGAAAGACUACACUCAUCAUCACAGUUGUGUCAACAACAAGAACCCAACAACAACAAAAGAAUUUUCCCAUGUUGUUGCCAACUGCUACAACAACAACAACAUUCACAGCAAUAAUAAUAUUGCAGAUCAGAAUGACUAUGUGAAUGGCUUCCCAUGGCCACCAAGAUCAUACACUUGUAGCUUCUGCAGAAAGGAGUUCAGGUCUGCUCAGGCACUUGGUGGACACAUGAAUGUUCAUAGGAGGGAUAGAGCAAGGUUGAGGCAGUCAUCACCCCCAACUCAUCAUGAAGUUCAUCAAGGUCAAGCUCAAGGCCCUAUGCUCAACCUUAAUCUUAACCCUAACAGCAACUCAUCUUUGUCAUUGUUACCACCACCACCAUCAUCUUCAGCAACAACUACUACUACUCUUAAGCCUGUUUUCACUUGCACAUUGCCCUUGUUUGUUUCUCCCACUCCUCCUUCACCUUCUUCCGAGUUGAAGAGAUGGGUUGUUGUGGAUGGUAUUGCAUUGAACCCUUUGAGCAAAAAGACCAGUACCCCAGAGCACUACUCCAAGUCAAAGAUUCCAGAAUCUUUAUCAUCAGCUGGAGUUGGAGAAUAUCAUCAUGAUCAAGCUUUUGCAAGGGAAGAUGGGUGCAAAGUGUUGAAGAAAGGUGGUGACAUUCUCAGGAUGGACUUGGAGAUAGGUUUGCCUAGAGGUUAUGAUUUGGAUCUGGAGCUUCGUUUGGGUACUACCUACUCUUAGGUCACACGAGUUAGCUAGGUAUGAAGAAACCAGCAUGUGUAGUAGUAGUUAUUAUCAUAUUUCUCUAUGUUAGUUAACCAGUUAAAGUUUAAGAGGAAGUGACAAGAUUGGAUGGUUAAGUUAUUAAUUUAAAGUAGGGUCAUGUCAAAUGGAAAUGUGUUUAUACUAACCAUCUUCAACAUCUUAGCUAGCUAGAAUAUUCUAUAUGUUUAUGAAGUCUUUCACUUUCUUAGUUACAAGUGAAAAGCUUCCACUUAUCAUUUCCUAAUAUCUGAAAUUUAUUGCUAGUUCUUGUUUUAUGCUAGCUAUAUAUUGUCAAUUGUUAAGCAGAAAUGAGAAUGUUU